AUGUUUGAGAGGGCCCUCAGCAAGGUGCCGUGUGGUGUGCCCCCCAUACUGUCCUAGGUGGGUGCCCCAAAGCUUAUCAGAGGGCACAGUAAAGAAUUGGGGAUGGGUGGCAGUGCGGAAAGCAGUGUCGCUGUAUCUGCCCAGUACUCCCUCACCCCAGCACUGUGAAGAGAAACACCUGGUGAGGCAGCUGCAAACACCCCCAUUUUCAUUAUCCUCAGUGUCUCACUCUCAGCAUAGGCCACAAUCACACCAUACUCUUAAAGCACUAUGAUGCCAUUUUGAACAGUCAUGGUUCACACACACAAUUCUGAGUGGUGUAAGAAUCUAUCCCUCCGCACAGAGGACUCUGGGAAUUGUGGCUCUGUGAGGGGUCUGGUAUACACCUCAACUACCCCAAUUAAAUCAGGACAUCCUGUUUUGGGCUGCCGUGUUCUCAGCAUGGCACCUAAAAAUGUGUGAGACCGUGGAGCCCAAAAACAUGUGUUUUGGGGGGGAAAUGUGAGACCACACCGGUCAUGUGACUUGUGUGGCAGUGCAGUUGGGGAAAAACACAUCCUGGUUUUCAAUCUCAACAUGUUGGAGGGUAUGGACUGGAGGGCCUGAGCAUCCUUAACAGAAUUCUGCUUAAAGCCAUGACUGCUUAAAGUGGUAUAAUAGUGCAUUAAAUGUAUGGCGUGAAUGUGGCCAUAUCGUAGGUAGGGCCCCAAGGCAUUGGAGAUCAUGAAGAUUGUGGAAGCAGCACUUCCCUUUACAACACGGGACAUAAAAAUGUGGGGGGUUUUUUGUUUGAUUUUUAAAAAGGGAAGCCAGUCUCAGUCAUGGUAGACCCUGGCAUUUGCUCUGCUCUUCUGGGUGCUGAUUCCAAGCCUCCACAUAUAUUAAACCCACAAAUGAUGCUUACUAACCUGCCUGAAAUGAGUUUCUUGUUUAGUUCUCUGGAAAUAUGUAUCUGUUUGUCAUCUUUUACUUUCCUCCAAGGGCCUUAGAGUAGAGUACAUUGGGCUCUCUUAUUUAUUUGUACAAUAUUCCUGUGAGGUACCUCAGGCUUAGUGAUUUGCCAGAGACCAGUGCUUAAACUACAAAGGACCAUAGGCGGCCUGGUCAUUCUCCCUACUUUUUGUGAUGGGUCCCUUAGCCGCACUUUUUAGAAGGCCACACUGUAGGUGGGGGGAUGAUUUGACUAAAAUUGGGGAAAUCCUUUGGUGUGGCCUCCUUUCUCCUAUCAUUUGAACACCUUGUCAUUUGAACACCUUGUCAUCUAAACAUCACAACACGAUAGCCAUUUGAUUUGAAUCUUGAUUUCUCCAACACACAACACAGUCUAGCCACUGUCCUAAACUAGCUUUUAAAGUGUAAAUUUACCUGCCUUCUCUGUUUUGGUUUAGUUUAAAAAAGUGAAACAUCACAGAAAAAGACAACAUAAAAAAAUCAUUAUAUGGAAUACGAAAAAUGGCAACAAUUUAAACAAAGGUAACAGCACAAUACUAUAAAAACAAAGAGGGGAAACUGUGAAUAGCUGAUCUUAAGAUAAAUUACUAAGCAGCAGUUUGUUCUUAAAGCUUGCUAGACUAAUAAGAUAUUUACUAAGCAGCUAAAGAUAAGUAGAGGAAGCCUAGCAAAUCUCUACCUGGAUGAAGUCCCACUUUCUCAGGGCAACCCUUAAAGUGAAUGUGAAAGUCAUCCUGCAUAUGCAUGAGUCCCAUAUGUAUGUUGCAGAGCCAUACAGGGAACCUGACUGCUAUCUGCCUUUGCCUAUGAAUGAGUUUGGGUUUCAGUAGAGAAGGUAACAUUUAAUUAUACCUUUUCCCCCCUGUUUCUACAGACAUUCCCAAUGGGGCUUGGAGAUGGACAGCUCUAUACCUGGACAGAUGGCUUGAAAAGAAAGGACUGGCAUGACUAUGAAAGUAUUCAAAAAGAUGCCAUGCGUUCAGGUGGGAUGUUUAGAGUAAAUUAGUAUUUAACUUCCUCCUUUACACACUGGGAUACCUUCCUUUUUCUUAUUCUUUUGCAUUAGGCCUGGCAAAGCAAUAUCUGCAGGAAUCUCUUUGGAAUUUAUAUAUACAUAUACACACACACACACACACACACAUAUAUCACAUUCCUAUGUUAUGUAGAAUCAGAAUCACAUGAAGAAUUAAGAUCACUUAGAAAUAGCCAUUUGAAUUGCCAAAACAAAACCUGUAUCAAUUGCAUUAUUUAGCAGGUGAUUUUUUUUUUAUUAUAGUGUUGUAAGUUGUAAAAGCUUUAACAAGAUCCACUUCUCCACAUUAUUAUCAAUUACUUUGAGGGUCUUUUUCCAGCUGCUUUGAUUUCUUCAUUCACUUGGAUCCCACUCCAAAAUACUUAGGGUGGCGCACAUGUGAGGAAGAUGAGGUUGUGGAAGAGUGACUUGCCAAAGAUCUCUUGGGGAAUUUGAAGCUGCAUCUCCCUAGUCAUGGUCCAGCAUUAGCCGCAUCAUUCUAGAACUGGUACAUCUAUAUCCCUCCCCCCCCCCCCGCCAAAGGGUUUACUCUGCCAGUUGUGUGAGAUCUGGCUCCUGGCAAGUUGUGGCCAGAUCACCAUCUCUCAGCCUAAAAUAUCCCACAGUGAGGAUGUUGGGGGUGGGGAGCACUGAGAUCCUUGGAAGAAGGAUAGCUUAAAAUGUAAUUUACAGUUGCUGUUCUAGCAAGACCAGAAAUACAAGUGAAGAGAAUACUUUGCAAGAUCACUUACAUUUUCUUUUUAAAAAAACAAAACCUCCAAACAUCAUCUGUUUGAUUAGCUACAUUUAAAUAUUCUAAAGUCUUGCUCCUAAUUUUGUCAUCUUCUAACCAAAGUUGUUUGUUGCAGUAAACAAAAGUCAAUCAUUUUAGUGCAGCUGGGGCAUCACAGCUUCAUUCUAAUGAGAAAUCAGUAUUAACCUAAAAAUAAUCCUUACUUGUAUCCCCUAAGGAUCGGAAUUAACAAGAGGAAUUACAUCUCUUGAUUGGGGAUUAGGAAUUUAUACUUUUCUCUCUUUUUUUAAACAUGCAAAAUCAUGUCAUGCUGACAACCACUUCACAAACACAGUUCUGAAAACACAACUUUGUGCAUCAACGUCAGUAGUUAGAUUUAGUGUGUCUGUUUCCCUGCGAAGGGCCUUUCCCCAAAAUUUUAGAGCCCUGAGUUUAAUCCACUGCUCUUUGGUGGUUAUGUGAUUCCUUGUGGUGCACAUGCAAAGAAAUGAACUCUUAGGCAAUGCAGUAAGUGGCAAUGUUACUUCUAGUUGGCCAGAGCAGUCACAGUGGCUCCCAACCAACACAUGGUACCAUGGGUUUCUAGCUUCUGGGAGCUAUUGUGACUGCUCUCCUAAGUGAUACUGCAUUGGCAUCUGUUGCACAGUGUAGGGGAUGCCUGAAGUCUUCUAGACCAAUGGCGGUUGGGGCACUGUCAGUUCACAAUGUAGGAGUAUACAAUGUAGGAGUUCACAAUGUAGGAGUAUAACUCAGAAUGUUAUUACACAUUUUUUUUGCAUGCAGUCUUUCCCUAAUUUUGUGCUUCUCUUUGGUGGACAUUGAAUUUUCCUUACAUAAUACUGGGGGCAAAUAGAAACAAUACGAUACCUCAACGUACCUGUUGCUAUUACACUUAGUGUAAACCAUGCAGGAGACUUUUUGAGAAGAAGUACAGAAAUGUAGCAAACAAACACAGGACAAGUAGUGCCUGUGACAAAAUGUUGCAUUGUAGAGUGCUCCUAUUCAUGGUCCAAGCCAGCCAACCAUGCUGCUUUUCAGGAUACUCCAGGCUUCCUCAAACCUGGCCCUCCAGAUGUUUUUGGCCUACAACACCCAUGAUCCCUAGCUAGCAGGACCAGUGGUCAGGGAUGAUGGGAAUUGUAGUCUCAAAACAUUUGGAGGGGCGAGUUUGAGGAAGCCUGGGAUACUCCAUCCCAUUUCCCUCCCCUACAGUUUUAAGAGGUGGUUUCUUGACAGAUAUUCAGCAUUCCUUGGUCACUGAAUAUCCUCAGACCUCAGUGUGUUCUUUGCAGGCUCAGAUGUUUCCCCUUAAUACUUUUGGUACUUUUAGAAACCUUGAGUUGCCUUUGAUAGUUUGCUCAGUAGGCCUGAUUUGGCUGUCAGAAAACUUUUGAGUUUACUAUUAUAGUGCUAGAUUUGUUUAGUUGCUGUUUCCGUGAUUGCAAACUAUACAAAGCAAAGGAGAAGAGGUCAAUAAAAAGCAACAUGGAUAGCUCAUCACCACUUUCCUUCCCACAUAAUUCUCAUCCAUUUCCAAAACCAAGCAUACUGAAGGCAGCACAUAUACUGCUAGAGCCAAUAUGGUGUUGUGCAAAGUGCGGUGCCUAUUACAGAAUGUCUCUUUGGUAGUAGGGAGCCCUUUAGUUGUUGUGGGCUGUAGACACUCAUGACUCAUGAACAUGAAAUUUAUUACAGUGAGAGACCAGCUUGUGAAACACAAAUGGAACUACAAUCCCAAUAGCAAAACAAACAUUUAAAACAAUAUACAACAAUGGAUUUUAAGUUUAAAAAUGCGAUAGGCAUAUAAACACAUAAAAAUUUCAAGAUAGACAACCUUAGAGAAAUGCCCCAGAGUCGCCCAUGGAUCCGAGUUUGGGAAUUUUCUUAACAAACUAGAUUGAGUAACUCUAUUCAAGAGAUGCAGGAGAAUGCUAACACACCUUGAAAUUGCUAUAUUUUAACUUUUUUGAUUAUAAAUCAUAUUAACACUUGCAGUCCACUUCUCACACACACACACCCAAACACCCACCCACCAUUUUAAUCAUGGAUGGCACUUCUGUACAAUUGUAGUAAAAUGGCCACAUCCGUAGUCAUAGAAUCAUAGAAUUGUAGAGUUGGAAAAGACCACAAGGGUCGGCUAGUCCAACCCUCUGCAAUGUAGGAAUAUUUUGCCCAAUGUGGGUCUCAAACCCACAACCCUGAGAUUAAGAGUUGUGAGCUAUCCCAACUGAGCUAUCCCAACAGUGAAGGAAGAUUAACAGAUAAAAAUUGAUGAUGAUGCUGGAGAUGAUGCAAGUCAACUGAUUUGGUAUGAAACCACACAUUGAGAAUAUGCAUGCAUCCAUAAGCACUACAAGCAUAGAUAAAAAUGGUACAAUUUAGCAGCCACUAGUGUGUAAUCCUUACAGGGCAUGAAUAGCUAGCUGCUAAAGUAACUGCUGCUCCAAGCUAGCAUUACAGUGUAUAAAGGAUUAAUCUUACUGCAAGGCCGGUACAAUAUUCUUGAAGCCAGUCCGAUGCCAGUGGGCAGACAGCAGUUCUUUUGAUGGCAGCCUCCGUUGCUUUGAGGCAGGGCUGACGCUUAUCUAGUCAGCUGUGCUGCCAGGUAAGUGUUCCAGCAUCAAUUAGAAAUCCAUUUUCAAGCAUCUGAUUUCCUCCAGCCAAUCCCAAGGCAGAUGGCAAGCAGCCAGCUCCAAAUGCUAAGCUUCUUCCAUUCCCAGAAUGCCAGUCUCGAUCCAGUGCCUUAUUGGCUAAUCUUAACAUAUGUUUUCUCAUCAUGCUUAACAUAUGUUUUUCUCAUGAAGUAUCAUUUUCAGUGUAAAGAGUCUAAUGUCAUAUAAUACAGAGCUGGUGUGCUUCCGAGUAUUUUGUAGAAGUGGGAAUUUCAGCAGUUGCAGCUUUUUAUGGCAAGUUGUCCUGACCAAAAUCCCCUCCUGUGUACAAUUCUUACUGGUACAGCAAUUCAGCAGGACAUGUUGUACCUUCAGGUUCAUCCUCAUGUAUGGAAUACUGUUUCCAAAUGGAGAAAUUAAAGACCUUGCAGCAGUCCCAUGAAGUCCACCAAAAAGCAUUUAUACAUGGUGGUGGCACUGUAUAAGGCAGGUGCAGAAGUUCAAACGUCUUACUAAGCACAUUGCCUUAAUGCAGCAAGAAUUCUCAAUCCAUAAUGCAGCAAUAAUGCUCAAUCCAUACAUGCCUACAUCCUAGCACAAAGCCACCGUGGGUGUGAUUGACUUUAUGCAUCUAUUGUAAGGGGCAGAAGUGCUUUUUGGCACCUUUUACAAAGUUUUAAUAUCUUUUAUGUUAGCAUUCGAAAGAACUAUUUUCAAUGUAAGAUACAUUGUGAUGGUACUUUGCUAAGAACUGGGUAUUUGUCUGUGGUUGAGUAAGUACGUCUGCGGAAGAAAGAGAAAUAAGGAUAUAUGCAUGCCUAUACUAUUAUUAUUAUUAUUAUUAUUAUUAUUAUUAUUAUUAUCAUAUACUACACUUAAAAGAUCACAGGGCAGUUCACAACAUACAAAUUCAAAAUGAGAACACAAAAUACAUAGUAAAAAUUAAAAUUUAAAAAAACGCCCCUCCCACAAACACAUUUAAAAGGCCAUUUAUUGUUUAUCAGCUAAAGACCUGGUUAUAGAAGAACAUUUUUGGCUAAAGAGAUGUAACAAAGGUGCCAGGUGAGUUGACCGGGGAGAACAUUCCACAAACAGGAAACCACUGCAGAAAAGGCCCAUUCUCAUAUUGCCAUCAUCCAGACCUCUCAUAGAGGCCCAUGAAAAAGGGCUUCAGAUUAUGGUCACAGGGUUGAUUCAUACAGGAAGAGGGAAUCCUUGAGUUAUUGCAGCCCUCGGCUGUUUAAGGCUUUAUAGGUCAAAAACAGAACUUUGAAUUGGGCCUGGAAACUAAUCAGCAACCAGUACAGUUGGGCCAGGAUUGGUAUUAUGUGCUCAAACCAUCUUACCCCGGUGAUCAACCUGGCCGCAGAUUUCUUCACCAGCUGUAGUUUCCAAAUCAUCUUCAGAGGCAGCUGCAUGUAUAACAUGUUGCAGUAAUUUAACCUAGAGGUUACCAGAGCAUAGACAACAGAGCAUAGCCUCCCCCCACCUCAUAAAAGGGUGGGAAGGUAAUUUUCACAAGUUCUCCCUCCCUAUCUAUAGCUGUGCAGAAUGAUCCAUUUUUAAAUUAUUGAAAAUGGUUCUAAUGCAUGAUUUGAGAACAUAUUGUUAAAUACAUUAUUAAAAUGGACUGAUUAUUUUCUUAGCCACCAGCUAUAAUUUUCAAAUGGUAGAUCAAGGCAACUUUUGCCACAAAUUAGUACUAUAUUAGCAAUUUAAGGUUGGAUCUAGAGUUCCUGUGAGCAGAACUUUUGAUGGUACUUUAGGAUGCUUCAGUGUAAAAUGAUAAGUCCUGCUAGAGGAAUGAAGGAAGAUGGGGUUUUUUUCCCAAUUCCUGCUUCCUUUCCUGCCAAAGCACGCUGUAUCUCCCAAAAAAACAUGCUUCUGAUAGUUGGCAAACCCUCUGGAACAGAAUGGGAGAUGCCCGAUAGGGAUACAGAAGGAGGGAGAAAUGGUGAGAAUUACCUUCCCACCCUUUUAUAAAGGCUCCACUGGAUUCCAAUCCCCUCUGUCAAUGGUAGGAGCCUUCCAAUUCAGAGAAGGGCAAGUCUAGAUCCUACCUGCUUCACAGGAUGGACUCUGUUGCUGCUCAUGAUUGCUAUCACCAAGAGAGUAUUUUCUGGAAGCCCAAGGGAGGGGGAAUUUAUUGUAGCAGGGUAACAGAUCACUGUAAUUGUGCAAACCUAAAUUUAAGGUAUUUCCUUGAAUCUUUCCCUCAUAAUACUAACAGUCUUGAGGUGACCGAGGUUCAAAGUGACUGUAGGGACCGUGACUUAUGUUUCUCUCAAGUUGUAGUCUUGCAGCUUUAAAUAUUACUUCUUUUACUCAGUGCCAGCCAUGAUUUAGUUCACCUUCUCCAGUUGGGUUUUGCAGCACCUAUUUAAUUACUGCAGAUGUAAUAAAAAAUUUAAGGUCUUAUAUAUAUAUAUAAUAAAUGUUCAUAAAUGUACCAACCAAGCACGAACAUAGAUAUGUGGACCACAUGUCUGGAGCAGUGCAGGAAGACCAUCCUGAAACCAUUUUGACUCCCAAAUUGACCAAAUGUUUUCUCUGCAAGGAGGGAGGGGGUGAGGGAACCUUCCCAUUGUCUCAGGAAUUGGGUAAUCACCAUCUGAAAGGAAUGGGCAGACUACCAGGAAAGGCAAUCAGAUAAGGCAUUAUCAGAUAACCUGGCAGACAGGAAAAACAACAACAUUCAAAUUUCUGUUGUAGACCGCCUUUUCUGUGAUGUAGGUAUGAUGUUUGUGGGGGGUGGUCUUGGGUUACACCCCUUCUGUGAUGUAUGUAUGAUGAAUGGAGAGGUGUUCUUGAGCUCCAGGGUAGGGAAUUUAAAAUGUCUAUACAGUAUAAGGGCAGGCACAUCUUUGUUCUGGGUCCUCCUCCGUCCUCCUGCGUGUGAGGGUAGAACCCUGUUGCAACAGCUUUAAUAAAGAUCAGACUUACUAGCUGCUUUGCUUCUCAAUAUUCUCUGGUUGGUCUCUGUUAUUUUCUCCUACCUAUAGAGAACCCACUUAAGGGCUCUAUAUGGGCUCUUGGAUACCCCAUAAGGGAAGAAGGGCAGAUUUUGUUUACAACACAGACAUUCGGCUACAACACAUACCUUUCCUAGAAUGUCGCUUGGUUUGUUUAAACCCUGCAGCCUCCUUCCUGUAAAGCUGAAUUCCUUCAAAUUAUCUGGGCAUGCACUGGAUUCCUUUUAUCUAUGCAGGUCAGCCCAUGAUUGAAUCAAAGCGCAAAUGCUUUUAAUGUUGAGAUAAGUUGUGUUUUUCACAAGCUGGCUGGUUUGCUGUCUACAAGGCUUGGCUCUAGGAAGCACCCUGCUGCCAGUCUGUUCUUAUGUUAAAUCGGAGAAAAGGCAUUCUAGCAGUUGUGGCAUUUGGUGAUAAGUAGCUGGGCUAAAUAGAAGAUAUACUGCACAUCCCUUGGCUAGAAAUCUGUGAUUAGUUUCAGCUGGCUGCAGAAAACACAGUCUUUUUAGAACGGCGAUAGUGCUGUGUAACUUAAAUCAGAACAUGGAGGAAUCCUUAUCUCCCAUCGCACACUCUGGCAUUCCAAACACACUGGACACACUUGACUGCCAGCAUUUAUUUCUAUUCCAAUCUAACAUUACAAUAUGUUGGUAUUAGGGACUAUAUCAAACCUUUCUUGUUCUCAAAAAUGUACUUGUAUGUUCCAUUGAAGCAGCCAAAGUGUGGUGUUUCAAAGCAAGGGUUUGUUUGUUUAGGGAGCAGCAGGGUUUAAACAAGGAUUUAGAGAUGUGUUCAUCACCAGCUUUGCACCCUGUUGUAUUCCCCCUGUGAACAGAAAAUAAAGCAGUGGUAUAGCAGGGCAGAUAAUUCAUACUGUGCAUUUGCAAAAUACAUUGAAAGCAACAGCGGGGCCCCUGUCCCCCACUAAAGACAUAUAAAUCUGUCAAUUUUGGUUUCUCUCUGCUUCUAUUUUUUUUUCCAAUUUUAGGCUCAGUUUGCUACAUAUCCACAUCAGUCUGCAAUCAGCUGGCAAGUCCUUACAAAACACCAUCAGAAUUUUAGUGAGAGUUUCUCCUAAUAAACAUGUUUUAUAAGCAAUUUUACCUAUUAUUGUUUACAACCAUGCAAUAAAAACAACUAAAAUUGGUUUUAAAACAAUAACCUCCCCCCCCCCCAAAGUCAGUUUUAAAACCAAUAGAAAUAAAUACCCAAGUCAGAGACCUGAAACAUGCCUCCCCCUAAUCUAGCUAGAAAAGCUUGUUGUGAUUGCGGGGGGAAGGGCCACUGUCUCUAUUUGAAUAUCCAAGUGCACGACUGCCCAUAGCUCUUACAAAGUUGGUGAAAAGCACCCCUGGCCAUCAAGCUCACCACUGUGUCCACACAGUGUGUCUCAGUGCCUUCUGAUGGUAAAUCUCAAAGCUGACCACUUCCUAAGAUGGCUAGUUAAGCCAUAGUGUCUAAUCAAACAGGCUUAAUUGACUUUUUUAUUAUUUUGAAUAAGGGACCAUCUCUUAUAUUCAGAGACGUCAAGUUCCACCCAACAUUGGGGGGGGCCCUCAUCAUGUGUUCAUGAUGUCACACAUGCAACACACAUAUGUGACAUCAUGUGCAUUGGGAUAAGGCCUACUGCCACUGCAGGGAGGCCCGGCAAGGCUCACCACUGCUGUGGGGAGGCCCGGCAAGGUCCGACCACUCAAGAUUGGGGGCCUCAGCCAUGUCCCUACAUACUGGGGAGGAGGGCUGAAGUGCCCUCGCAUAGAGUUGGUGCCUGUGCUUAUCUUGUAUGUUUCUUACAUUUAACUGCUGAAUAUGAAAGCCACAACAAAUUCAAUCCUAUUGUUUACUCACUAAAUUCUGAAACACCUGCAAUGAAAAUUUUAUUUUUUGUGUUCUGUCGUGCAUCUGAAUUUGGGGUGCCAAUAUGUAAUUGCUAAGGAAUGAAGGUAUGAUUGCAAAAGACGGGCUUGUUUUUGAAUAGGGAAGAGAGGUUCUUUGGAGUUUCCUAGUCUGCACGUUUGCCUGAACAGUUGCAUUGUAUCAGCUAGCUAGGAUAUCAUGAAUGAUUUCCACAAUCUCAUUAGUUUUACAAUGUGCCUCAAAUCUCGUUACUUCCACACCAUAGCACGGUUAUACCAUUUUUGCAGUCAUGAAUAAUCAUGGGAACUGUAGUUUGCUGAUGAUGCAUAUGUUACAAAGCUUCAGCUCCCAGCACCCCUAACAAACUACAGUUCCCAGGAUUACCCUUUUUUUAAAUAAAUAAAUAAAUAAAUAAAUAAAUAAAGUGGAGUAAGAGUGCAUUUAAGGCUUAGUGUAGAUGUGAUCUGAGAGAUGCUGACUUGGCAAACAUGCAUUAGUUCCUGGUUAACAAGUUAACAAUUGCUGUCACGAACAGUGGUUGCUGUUUUCUGUGAAGGGUUACAUGAGUAGUGUCACAGUCCGGUUCAUGGGUGAUCUAAGACCCGGCUGGGGAUGUUGGGACUGGGGACAAGAUGGCAGGGUGGGAGCAGGCACAGGAGUCCAGAAGCCAGGAGUCAGAUAGCCAAGAGUCCGAGGGUCAGAGAGCCGGGAGUCAAGAAGCCAAGGUUUCCGAGGGUCAGGAAGCAAGGAGUCAAACACAGCAAGGCAGGGAACGUGUUACUGUGGCCAAGAGUUGAAGGGAAAUGCUGAGCUUAUAUCCCUUCCCAGCUCUUGCCAUCAGGUGCUGUGAGUUACUAAUCGGCCUCACCUGUGUGGCCACGCCUUGCCUCUUUAGAACAAACUUAGGACGGCCCCAGUCCUGCAGAGUCCUAUUGGUCACAGGGCCUGGCUCCUGCACGCACACCUGACAAGUAGGAAGAAAUAUGCUCUGAAUAAUUUCAGAAUGUAAAAGGAUUUUUUUAUUUUAUUUUGGUCUUCCUACAAACCAAAGUAGGGUGACUUCUUUUUUAAAAAACAACACAUAUGCAAAUGUUUCUUUUUCUACUCUUUGAGCUUAAGUGAGGAUAAUUACUGUAGAGUGAAAAAAUAUCUAUAUAUGUUCAAUGCUCUAUAGCAUUGUAUUCUGACCCAAUUUACUCUAUUCUCUAUUAUUGAGAAUCUUAAUAAUUAACAUACCUGGCUUUGACUGAUAGAGUGCUAUUUUUAUGCUGUUGUGUUCUGUGCCUAUUUAAGAGAAUACUGCUCCUUUUCUUCUCUCACUAAUCUUUUUUAAUUUCUGGAAUCGAGUGAAAAAAACUGUCUAUCCCUAAUGUCUCCCCGUAAUGUCUUUCUUCUGGGCAAAAUGUUGCUGUGGUCUAGACCCCUUCCAGUGGUCAAGAUCUUCUGCACUAUCCAGAACUGCCUGAUAAUUAGGAUGAAGAAAAUGCUGGUUGAUAAAAAAAAUAUUGCACACCAUGCCUGUUACAAUUCAAUUAACCAGGUUGACAUAUUUCCUUCAACUCUGUGGAUAUGAAGCCAUUUGAGGCAAGAUAGAUUUAAAAAGAUGAACCUUCUAGCCUUGCUGUGAAAUGUUAAAAGAGCUACUGCAGAAUGGAGACUAGAUCAAACUAUUCCAAAUGUCAAUAUUCUAUUACUUUGCCAUUUAUCUGUAUCAAUAGCCCUUUUCAGGUGUUUGGUAGGUAUUGAAUAGGUGAUUAGUCAACUGGGAAUGCACGCAGCUAGUCCUAUCCCUCAGAGGGUUGGCCCACACUGGCCACACCCUUUGGCUGAUGAAUGAUUGGUAUCAGUUUGAAGGAUGUUUCAUUGAGACCCUUCCCCAAUGGAAACAGAACCUUGGUCAAUCAGGGUCAAUGUCCCAUUGUAUGAAACCUUAUGGCGGAUUAGGGCUUAUAGGUGUUAUGUACUGAAGUUCUCACCCUGGGCCAGCAGGAGGAUACUGUAGAUAUACAAAUAAGGGAUCGAAAGUGACGUUCAGUGAUUGGAUAGUUUUAGAAAGUUGUUACAGUAACGUUUUACUGGAGCUCUCUAUAAGCAGGCUGACUGAACCCUUCAGUUCAGUUCUGCCCUGGCCUGUGAAUAAACAAGGGCUGUUUGAAGAAUCACUGUGUCGUCUGAUAUGUUCACCCACAACUUAACAAUAUCAGUUCUCUUUCAAAGGCCCAUAGAGCUGGUUGUUUGGCUUUGACCUAUCAACUACUUUGGUAGACAGCCACAUGCAGAAGGUUCUAUUGUACACUUAAAGCAGAAGGGCCUAUAGACAUUCUUGUCUAUAUCACUUACAGUUUUCUGUCCCUCUGGUCUAUUAGAUCAGAGGGAAAAUCUCAAUGCACAGAGGAACUGCAUGAAUACUGUAAUGUGCAUUGGAGUGCCACUAUUUCAUACUUCAGGCGUUAUUUGCAGUUUGCUUGUUAAAACAGUUUCCAUCACAGAACAUCACAGCAGUUCUGGACACUCAAGCACAAUGAUGGUAACUGUAUUUUGUUUUUUUUGUUCCAUUUCAGGGAAAGGUGAACAGGGAAAGCCUUACCCUCUCACAGAAGAAGACAAUGAUGAUUCUGCAUAUCGGGAAAAUGGUUUCAAUAUUUUUGUGAGCAACAACAUAGCCUUGGAGCGUUCCCUGCCAGACAUUCGACAUCCUAAGUAGGUACACUAAAUCUGAUUGAUUGUUGCAGGGCAUGCCUUCACUUAGUUUACCUUGUUUUGCAGAAGCUCCCUGAUUUAACUGAAGAUUAGAAAAAGUGUGAAGCUGCUGUGGCUAAUUAUCCUCUAUCACUUCCAGCUGCUUGCAGUGAGGAGCAAAAGAAGAUACUGGGCUCCACUGUAGGUGUUUGUAGGGAAAUGUGAGCUUUCUGCUGGUAGGUGUUUGUAGCAGGAGGCAUGGAAAGAGUCGUAAGCAAUAUUGCUAAAUGCUUCUCUGGGGACGCCAGAUACAAGAAACUACUCUAAAGGUGACAAACAGAAGGCCUGAAAUAAUCAGGUACAUUGUUCCACUUUGGGAGUGGUUUUUAUACCAGUUACAGUUCUAUUUGUCUUAAUGUAACAUAAUUUGUGACACUCUUGCAUUUUGUAAGAGAGGCUGCAUUAAUGAGGAAGUUAAUGAUGCAACACUGUUAUUGGCCUAGACUGGAGGCAUGUGAGAUGGGGAGGCUUUUCAGGUUAAAGCUUUGGUCAAGAUUGUGAACAGAUUAUAUUGAGUAUCAGACAGGUGGGCACAUCUCCAAUGGCUUUGGAAGUGUGUAUAUAUCAGUUAUUUUGACUGUCCAAUUGACUCUGCGGCAGCUCCUAUGCUGUGGAACAAACUCCCUACAGAGGUAAGUCUGGCUUCUUCAUCAUACAGCUUCUGGCAAAUGCUGAAGAUACACCGCUUUACUCUGGCUUCCGACACUUGAGGUGUAUAUUUUUAGUACACACCUUAUUUCUAUGAUUGCAAAUUAUUUUAACCUGCUUUUAAUUGUGUGUUUUAAUGUUGUAACCUUCCCUGGGACCUUAGGGCGAAGCCUGUAAUAAUGUUAGGCACCAAGCGGAGAAUGUGCAGAGAGGUUUCUGAUUACUUUUCACAAAAACUGUGUGUUUACAGAAUAUUGGAGGAGGGUGAGAUUUUCAUUUGUUAAGGGAGCACCACUGAUAAAAUAAAAUCUUGACUAUAAUAGUUAGGAUCUAUCUGGAACAGCUUAUCUGGAACAGCUUAUUUGGAAAAACAGGUGAAGAUGUCAGUGAGUCUAAUUCACUUGGCUAUUUUCAUGAAGAAGUCACAUUGAAAUGAAAGGAAGUUGCACAGGGACAGUGUCAUUUUCUUAUGGUACUCCGAUUCACUUCAGUGGGUCUUGCACAGGAAACAUUUCCAGUAGAUUAUGUCCUCUGUUGAUCACUUAAUAUAGCAUAUAUUUAUUUAUUUAUUUAUAUACUAUUUAUUGUGGGGGACGGGGAGGGUUGACACAACGCUAAUUUCAUUUUUAAAAGAAACAUAUUAAAAGUUAAUUUGAGAAAGGCUAAACAUGCCCUUGGAAAUCCCUACAUUAAUCUCUAUAACCAAGGGUUGAUUUGCAUAUGAUUAAUGCUAAGAACUAACUCGGUUUUAUCUAAUCGGUUUCAAAUAUUUUGUCUUUGGCUUUUGGCUGGGAAAACCAUCCACAGGUCACCUGAAAUUAUCUUCAGCAAUUCCCCCUGGCCAAGUAUCUUUCCAGUUAGAUGGGAUUUUAAUACAUAAUUACAGAGCAUUAAAGUUGCAUUGUUGGCAUGAUAAAUAUGCACCACACAACAGCUUCUGUUCCAAAAUCAUAUCCUGAUUUCUAUUGGUGUUCAAAACAGUGCCACUGGAAACAAUGCAGAAAAUCAUUAGGGACAAAAUGAGGCUGAACUGCCACUUUUCCCUGUUGUGUUUGUCAAUAUAUCUGCCACUAAUUUGUUUUUCACUCACUGCUAGCCACAUGGGCCAUGGCAUUUCUUAGAGUAUCCCCAGAGGCAGGGCAUUGUCAACACUGUCGCAUUGGGAGCAAAUCAGCACUAUGGUGUUUGUUCUUUCCUUGUAAACAGCUUUCCUACCAUGAACUGCACUGUUCUUUUGUAACUUGCCAAGAGCACUAUAAUACUCAUAUAAGUCCUGAAUACAGUGGGCAACAUUUGCAUGGAAUAAAACCCACAGUUCAUGGUUAUAGAUUUCCAAGCAUUCCAGGCCUAUUUAUACAACCAGUCAGAGUAUAGCCCUGAUAGCCAUGCUUUAUUUGACUCUUUGGUACAGAAUCAGUGUACGCAGACUGUUGGCCUGAUCAGGAAUGCAGCUUUUUUGCGGGGUUGUAGAUUGCAUGGACAGAACCUCUGCAAUUCACACAUACAAUUUGCACAUGUAUAGGCUCUGGGCAGAAGAGCCAAUUAAAUGCCCGGAGUUUUACUCCCUGCCUUCACGCAUUCAGCUUAUUGGUAAAACCUAUUUGGAGUUUCACAACUUUCUGACUAGUUGCAGGACCUUAGCCAGACCUAGCAGAGUACACACAGAAUCCACAGAAACAAUUGGCAACUUGGCACUAACCAAUGAUCCACUAACCAAUUCACUUCAGUUCUGUGUAUGCCUACUUGGAAGUAAACUGCACUGAGAUUAAUGAAAUUUAUUCCCAGGUAAGUGUAUAUAGGAUUGCAGCCUAAGUUGUGGCAUUUGAAACUGAUCGAAGAACCAGGUCAGUCUAGUUUCUCUCGCACAACCAGUGACUUUUAGGCUUUAUAUUCACAUUUCAACCUCCUGCCUGAUUCAGAUGUAUUCAGUAAUGUUUAUCUCCCUGCUGAAAACUCUGAAGUUUUGAGCCACCAUCGUCACUGGAAAUUAUUUUCCUUUCCCUCCUCUCCCCACCUCCAAGCUAAUUUUACAGACCUGUCAAACGGUUGUGGAAAUUACUGGUUAUCACUGCUUUAUCAAGUUCAGCUGACAAGUCUAGAUUGGAAUAGGAAUGCAGUAUGACUGAAGCUAGCCGCUGUAAAUUGAAUACUUCGACACACUGAGACAAUUACUAUGUAAAUCUUUGCUUGAAAACGUUUUAGGCUGGUGUUUUUCGGUUGCAUGCUUGUCACUAGUUUGAUGUCAGGUAGGUAUUGUAGUCUCCUUGAUAAAGAGAGAGAAAAGGUCAGUUAUUUUUUCUUCUUUUUAAAUUCUCCGCUAUGAAUGGAAAACUCAGUGGAAAACUGAAACUUGCACUUUCCCCUUUUGUUCUGAUUUUGUGUGGCAUGCUCUUUUGUAAGAUUUUUUUAAGUAAGAAGGGGGAUGUCUGCUUUUAUCAUCUUUGAGCUCCUGCACAGUCUUCUCUCUCUCUUUUUCUUGCUUCUGCAGACAACCUGCACUGCAUUUCACUUCUUCUGUGACAUCCAUCAGGAACAGCAGUUUACAAGCCUGUUGAUAUGUCUAGAAGGCAUAAAAUCUGGUGGCUGGCCAAGGUUCUGCCACUGGACUCCCGUAAUGUGCAUAAAAUAUUAUUGCUAUAACCAUGGGGUCAAACAAAUUGCAGCUUUUAUGAAUUGGCUUUUUCUAUAAACUGACUGAAAUGGUGCCAACAUUCCCCUCCUUUCUCAUAAUUUAAAAAGCUCAGGCUGUUUCAAAAUGUUCUCCUGCAGACUUUUGUACAAAGGGCUGCUAAAGGUUGUCAUUUUGAAACUGCACAUCAGAAAGGGACAUUGUUUACACUGAAGUUACAGUGGUAAUGAUUAAAUUCCUAUUUAGGUUGAUAUUUUGAACACAAACCAUUUUCUCUUUUAAUAGUAAUACACUGUAGGGAAAUGUAAAGGUACAGAAAACACGUUUUACAUCCUAAAGCACAGUUGCUCCAUGGAAGCUAUUUUAACUGGCUUUUGCAUCCUGAACUAUAUAAAUGGUUGCUGCAGAACUUGUUAAGUGCUACCUGUUCAGAAUGGAACCCAAAGAUAUCUCGGAAUGGGGGCCACAGUAGGGUCAGAGCACCAACAUGGCUUUGCACUGCCAUAGUGAGGAAUAACUCAUGAAAUCAUUGUUGCCAUAAUGUAUGUUAUUUAUGUAUUAAUUACCCUGCUCAUUAUGCAGCAAGCCUCCCAGAGUGCCUUACGGGCAGUCAAUAAAAACAAUGACACUUCAUUAAAAGUGGUUGGGUAGCAAAGUGCAUAGCUUUUUGAAAGAAGUGAUGAUAUUUCCACUUGCUGCCUGCCACUACUUCUCCUCCUAGCGCCCCCACCCCCAUAUUCCAGAUUGUGGAGGAUGUGCGGAACAGGGGUUUUAUUGCCACAGCCCUUGGCGAGUCAUUGUGCACAGUGACAAUUACAUGUAUCUAUAGGAAGCCUGGCUCUUAGGCCACUUCUGGCAUUGUUAUUUUUUUGGCAUUGUUACAGUGGUGCCUCGCAAGACGAAAUUAAUCCGUUCCGCGAGUCUCUUCGUCUUGCGGUUUUUUUGUCUUGCGAAGCACGGCUAUUAGCGGCUUAGCGGCUAUUAGCGGCUUAGCGGCUAUUAACGGCUUAGUGGCUUUAAGAAAAAGGAAACAAACUCGCAAGAACUCGCAAGAUGUUUUGUCUUGCGAAGCAAGCCCAUAGGGAAAUUUGUCUUGCGGAAUGACUCAAAAAAUGCAAAACCCUUUCGUCUAGUGAGUUUUUCGUCUUGCAAGGAAUUCGUCUUGCGGGGCACCACUGUAUUUUUUUAAUGAACAGGAAAACCUGCAGUAAAGAUUUCAAAGUCCUACCUGAGAGCCACAUAUAUGCCACCUUGGAUUCCAUGAUGGAAAAAAGGCAGGAGGUUGUUAAAGGGAACAGGUAUGGCAAAACCCACUUUUCAUCUCUUAAGGGGUUUAUGUUUUUGAAAACUAAGGAAUGCUUCAUAGUAUAGGAAUAGAUUAGAUGUCUAGAUCUGAUUGUAUUUACCGUAUGUAUUUAUUUAUUUAUAGAAUAGCGGGGAAGUGAAACACACUCAGCAACAUGUAAUGUCUGGAUAUGUGGUGAUAAAGAGAUAGAAAUGAAACUGGUACAAUUCAGGGCACAUGUACUCACCAUAACAUUUUUAAAAAGCAUCUCCAGAACCACUUUUAUAAAAAAAAGGGGGGAGCAAUGGAAGGGGCAGUGAUAUAGGAAGGGGCAUUAUGAGCAGAGAAAUGGAUUGAUGCUUCAUCAUCUCUCUGCCAGUUAUCCCCUUCCAUACUUCCCCCAACUUUCAGGUUUGCAGACAUUUGCAAGGGUAAAGAUAUCUGAAGACUCAGGAGAAAAAGCAUCUGAUGUGAUUUGGAACACACAAAAAAGGCUGGUGGGGUUUUGUUUAAAUUGCCAUUGGGCUUCAGUGCACUAAGAAUUUGCUUUAGAAGAAAACAAGCUAGUUGAUAGCUACUACUUAAUAAGGACACUAGGGCAAAGCGCUCACACAAUUUAUGUAAUUGUGCAUUUGUUUCGAAAGAUGGGUGUAUCACACAGCCUACUAAAUCCUGGUGCUACUCUGCACCGACAGUUGUAGUGCUUUCUAAUGUUCACCUUCAGCCCAUUUAGUGGAUAUACAACUGCCUAAUGAUUGCAUAGUUAAGAAUUCCAACUCAUGUGACUUGUUUUCUCAAGAGUUGUGUCAGAAAGCAUUUAAUUGUGUUGUUGAGCAAAGUUUAGUUAAUUCAAGCCUGGCUGUUCCUUGGCUAAAUCAUAUUAUGAUCCCAAACGGACAGGAUGCUAUUUUGCUGCCCAAUGAAGUAUAGAACGUAGGCGCAGAAUCCUUUAGCUGCUUGACCAGGCAUUAUUUUUACAUCUUAUAUUAAAUAGCAGCCUACUUAUCUAUUGAACAUAAGUGGGGAAUUUAAAGGUCCAGUGGAAACUCUGAAUAUUUUCAGAUGUAUAACAGUUGGCGAUGCCCGUACUAAAUGACCUUCUUCAUUCACUGUGGAAACUUGCAGCGCUCAAUAGCCCUAAAAAUUUCUCAUUUCUUGCUUGAGGUAGAAUGAUCUCCCACAUGGAAAAAAAAAUAUUAAUCACAUGUUUAUCGUACUAGAAGCAAUAACAACCACUGCAGCAAAGGAAAAGGUAUGAAUUUAAUACUAACUCUUUCUAUUGAAAUCACUCAUAGUAACUUUCUCAAAGUUUUACCUGUAAAGUUGAAAUACAUUAAAGUUGGUCUGUGCCUGAAGGUUAAUAUGGUGUUUUUGAUAAAGCUGUUGUGUGGGGGGGGGGGGGAACAAUCCUAGGCUUACUAGGCCUGGGCGAUAUAUCAAUACAUCGCCCAGGACCCAGUAUGAGGAGCAGACCGCGAUGUCAGCUUCACUCAGCGGAGUAUCACUGGUGAAACCACCAGCCACAACUCCUGAGUCCCUCUGCGAGUGACUUCCUCCAGUGAGCGUUGCUAGCAGAGGGACUGAGGAGCAGUGGCAGUUUCACCAGCGAUAUAUCACUGAGUGUAACGACCAUCCCACUCUGCCUUCAUACUGCGCAGAGGGACAAUAAAGCUGCAUCGACAAGGCGCCGAUACAGCUUGUUCCUCCCUCUGCAUCUUUAAACUGCUCAGCCGAGGAGUGUGCAGUUGCUGAGCAGUUAAAGGAUCCCCCAGCCCGGUGCUGGCUCCUGCACAAGCAGGGCAAGCACCGUGGAUGGCUCUGCUGGGGAUGGGCAGGGCUCCUGAUCCCUAGCAGAGCACAGCACCCCGAUGCUCACGCCCCAUUCCGCUCAACCACAAGGAGGGGAGCACCAGGGUUGGUUCUGCUGGGGAUCAGAAGCCCUCCUGAUCCCCAGGACAGCCACACAAAAAAGCCCCGAUGCUCUCCCCAAUUGUCCAUGAGCAGGGGGAGCACCACGGAUGGCUCAGCUGGGGAUCGGGAGCCCUCCUACAUCCCAGCUGAGUCAUACAAACAAGCUGUGGCAAUUUCACCCGGUGCCUCGCAGGCUGAGGCUGAUGCAGCUUGUUUUUUCAACAUUGUGGUACAUUGCUAGACCACAAUGUUUGGCUGGUGAUAUACCACGAUGUUGAAAAGCUGAUAUCGCCCAGCCCUAAGGCUUACUAGCUAACAUGAUUUGAUCUACAAAAUUUUGACCUCACUAAGCAGUCCCUGCGUUUGUUCAGGUAGCAUUGUUAAUAAUAUUACUGACUCCUGAACUUAGCCACACCUUCUGCAAUGUCUGCAUGGUUUUUCUCCCAUUAUCUAAAGAAGGAAAAAUAGUAGCAAGUGAAACGAUUUUGGUUUGCAAGGACUCCGCUGCAUGUGCUGGCACACAGAAAUCAGGGUGAGGGCAGAUGAUAGGGGCACAGAAUGUCCAUUGUUUUAGUUGAGGUGGAAAAAAGACAGUAGGGAAAGGGGGUGUGAAUAAGAGGUUUAUAAAGUUAUGCACAGCAUGGAGAAAGGGGAUAGAGUCCCCUCCCCCCCAAAAUACUAUAACUUGGGAUAAUCUAAUGAUGCCGUUUUAUCAAGAGAUUCAGAACAAACUAUGCACUGUGUGAGAAACUAAGCCUUGAAUUGGCGACAAGAAUUGGUGAUGGUCACUAGCUUAAAUGGCUUUAUAAGGGGAUUAGAUAAAUUCAUUGAUAAUCCAUUUAUCCAUGACCGCUAAUCAUUGUGGCUGUAUGCAACACAGCGAAGUUCAGAAGGAACAGUAUGACCAUGAGUGCCAACUGCUUGGGGAACAGCAAAGAACAACAAAGAGCUAUUGCUGUAAUGCCUUGCUUGUGGUCUUCCUGGAGGCAUCUUUUUUGGCCACUGUGAGAAGCAACACGUAGACUAGGUGGUCUUUUGGUGCGAGCCAGCAGGAGUACUGUAUUUUUGUGCUUUUGUUACAUUUGGAUCUCAUUGCAAACCUUUCCACACUGAGUUGCUAGAUCUGUUCUGGUUAAAUAUUGUGAACCUGGUGAGACAGGUAAGAGCAAUGUGGACUAAACCAGAGCAGUAUAGUGGUUAAUGUGUUAGACUACGAUUGGGAUAUACCUGGAUUCACAUCUCUACUCAACCGUGAAGCUCAUGUGGUAGACCUUGGGUCCAUCACUAUCUCUUAGCCUGAUCUUCACAAGAUCGUUGUGAGGGUAAAGUAGGAGAACCAUGUACCCUGUCCAGAGCUCCUUGCAGGAAAGGCAGGAUAAAAAUAUAAUAACGCAAACCAGCUUUCCAACCCAAAUAGUUGGUGCUGUUUAACAUAUCAAACAGACCCCAUGCCAUUGGAUGAUGGAUUCCAUGUACAAUUCCUCAUCCAGCUAGACAUUAACAUUAUUUGUCUCUUAAUUGCAGAAUGUUGCAUUUGGUUGAUAAAUAUUAAAAGUGAUCAUCAGAAUAAAAAUCCUAUCUAUUUUUAUCUCCUUAAUUAGUGUGGGGUUUACCAUAAUUACUGAGGUGGUUUUUAAAAAAGAAAAAGAAUAACGCGAUAUAUAUAUAUGGAUCUGCAUAAUGUUUCUCUUUAUUCACACAGAAUAAAUAUAACACCUUUUCUAUAGAGAGAAGUCAGAUUAAAUUCAUAAAAUGUAUGAGCUGCCAGUUAUCUGACACCUUUUGACUGAUGUGCCAUGCUCCAUGGAAUGAAAGAUCAAAACUGACAAUUUUUCACAAGCUUCUUUGCUAAUAAUAUUUGCUUUGCUCAUCCCUACCAAAUGCUCUUUAUUAUUUUUAUAUUAUUUAAUUCUUAAUUAGAUAGACCUGUAUGUCAUGAGAUAUUUUUAAUACCAAUUAUGGUCUAGCUUUCUAGUGAUAAUCAGCUUAGUACCUUUUUGCAGACAGUUAAAAGAAAAACCUUCCUGUUCUUCUACUUUCUCAUAUUAGCAAGCUGUUGCAAUGAGAGUGUAAACCAGUUGUUUUCCUGUACAGCCGGGACUGGAAGCAAGCACUGAGGGAAGCUCAAGGUCAGCAGCCUAACCCUAACCUUUGUGCUUGCGGAUUCUAGCGAUCUAACAACAGAUGCUUUGAUAAAGUUGAUUAAACAGGAAAGUGUGCAGUCACCCAUGCUGUGGCUCAUAAAAACCGGAUUCAAAAUGUAUUGUCAACUAUUUAAUAAUCUUUCUGUGUUUGUCAGUUCAACCAUGAGCCUCCCUAGGUUCAAACCUUUCUUUUUUCAAGGUAUUUCAAACACAGUCAGUUUAUGUAACAAUAGUUUCAGGUUUAUGACUACCUUUGUUUUUGACUGGCUAGUAAGUAUCUACCCAGUUUUUCUGCUUUCCCUUCCUUUUAACUUUUUUCUUUAUCCAAGUCAGAAUCAGUUCACAGAAGGGGCUGCUGGGAAAUGUAGUCCCUAGAUUUAGUCUUCGAAUACACUCCAGUGGUACCUUGGGUUACAGGCGCUUCAGGUUAUGCAAUUUUGGAUUGUGCACCACUCCGAACCCAGAAGUACCGGAACGGGUUAUGUCCAGCUUUUGGUGCUCAUGCUUGCGCAGAAACGCUAAAUCACGCUUUGUGCAUGCACAGAAGUGCUGAAUCACGACCCCACGUGCUCAGACGUGGCGCUGUGGGUUGCGGACGGUGCGGGUUGCAAACUGCCUCCCGCAUGGAACACGUUCGCAACCCAAGGUUCCACUGUAUUUAAUCCUGCCCAUUGUAUUAACUGUUGUACAGUUGGGUGUAUCAGAAUUUAAUGCGUGCUUAAGAAGUUUGCUUGUGUGGCAUGGAAUUUGUCAAAUCAGGCCAUGGAUUCCCACAGAAAUUGGAAGAAUUCCUUCAAAGCUCAAAUGGAAGGCACAGUUUCACCACACUACCAGUUGCCUUGAAAUUCUUACUAGGCCUCCAAAAUCUCAAAGAAAUUAUAUUCUGCUUUCAUUGGCUUGGAGAGUAGUAUUGAAAACUGGCCUGGACAGUAGUAUUGGGACCAAGUAACGGUGUGAGUCUAUUGGACCCAGGUCUAAUUUGUCCCACAGGUACUUCCAUGAAGUUCCUGGUGCCUGAUCAUUUUGGAACAUGAUAUGCUGAGGCAGCUUAAGUGCAAGAUAUUCAUCAGAUGCAGCUAAACUUCCUGGCUGCAAGUUAGGCAGAAACAAUGAAUGAGUACCAUUUUCUUUCUUUCUCUACAUUAACAUAGGUUACUAAAAGUAAAUCAGUCGUUGUGCAGCUAUUGAAUUCUCAUUCAUAUUAGUGCUGUACGCUGAAAACAGUUAAAAACACAAAAACAGAAAAUACAUUUAAAACAGAACUCAAAGUGCACAGUGUAGACACGCAUGAUAAAGACCCAUUUAUCCAGCUGGGAAAGCUGUCGGGACAAAAAUGUAUUUCAGAAAGUGCAGAUAGUGGGUACCUGUUUGUAGCUCAACAGGAAUGCUAUUCCACAGAAGAGAGGCAGCCACAUGAAAAACCCUUCUCUGAUAGAUGGUAUAUUACACCUGUUAAGUUAGUGAAAAUGUAUAAAGUCAGUAAUAAAUGUUGGAAAUGUAAAGAAAAAGAGGGAACAUUUUAUCACAUGUGGUGGGAAUGUAAAAAGGUGAAAUGCUUCUGCGAGAUGAUAUAUAAUGAGUUGAAAAAAAUGUUGAAAUACACAUUUAUAAAGAAACCAGAAGCAUUUCUAUCGGGCAUUGUGGGGAGUGAUAUAAAUAGAAAGGAAUGUAAGGUAUUUUUAUAUGCAAUAACAGCAGCAAGAAUAUUAUUGGCCCAAAAAUGGAAGCAAGAAGAGUUACAGUCGAUUGAAGAGUAGAGGAUGAAGUUAAUGGACUAUGCAGAAUUAGAUAAACUAACAGGAACGAUUCAAAACCGGCGAGACCAGAAAUUCACGGAAGACUGGAGUAAAUUUACGGACUAUUUGAAAAGUAAUUGUGAAGAAGAGACAACGUUUGUAGGGUUGCAAGAAGUUUUGUGAGGAGUAUUAUUAGAAGUAUUGUAAAAAUGGACACGGGGGAGGAUUUGUUAAGAGAUGUAAAGGCAAUAUAAAGUUAAGAAAUGCAUAAGAAGUGGUUAAAAUGGUGGAUCAUCAGAGGUGCUGAUGGAAGUCCAAAAAGAUUGUAUAAGUGAUAAGUUUUGUGGUACAUUUUAUAAUUUAUAUGUUAAAAUUAAUAAAAAAUAUUAUUGAAAAAGAAAAAAGAAAAACCCUUCUCUGAGUUAUUGCGGAGUGGGCUUCUGAAAUCUUUUGAAAUGUCAGGAGAAACUGUCCAGCAGUCCAUAGCAGUCCAUCUACUGAAUGUCAGUGUUUGACCAGCUGACCUGUAUGCAAUUAAUUUUGUAGCCCAUUACAAAUAAUGAAUAGCCACUCUUUGAUCAUUGCUUAGUUUCAUAGUUGAUGCACUACUGAAGUCUUUGUAUGUUAUUUUUUUGUAAAAUGAUGAACUUUUAAGUAUGUAAUUUUGUAGCUGGCAUUAUAUAAAUGCAGUUGGUGUCUAAUUAAGAAGUUCAUAAAAUACCUUUAUGUCUUUCCAUUUCCAUUUGAAUGUUCACUUGCACUUGCCUGCUGAUAGAAGCUUUUCUCUCCAGAGGCAUAUUUGCAGUUACACUUUACAUUUAAUGGUGCUGAUUAUCCUGAGUGUUUAGCUGCAUUGCUUGAGUUGCAUUAGCUCUCUCUAUGCUUUUGAAUAUGAAUGAACUAAAAGAGGAACUGAAGGAGAUAUUUGAAGACAAACAGUAGAUGUUGGCUUUGAUUCAUGAAAUCCAGGGGAAAAAAUGUGUUCUAAACCUCUUCCUUCCUGUUGAAUAAUUCUGAUAAUUAAGAAUGACCAAAGUAGUGUCAUAUUGUGGACCAUACUAAAAUUGCAGAGUUCCAUUUCUCACUGGUUAAUUAAAUUCCAAAACUGAUUGUUGAACUGGCCAUAUAUUUUAUUUAGUAUCUCUUUACUUUGCAUUUUAUAUCUAUUUUAAAAUGGCAGAUAAACCAGUCCUUUAUGUAAGAAUAGGAUACAAAUACCCAUGAGUAACCAACAAAGGAAUGGAUUAGUACAGUGAUUGCUAGGUUAUGGGCAGCUGGGAAGUACUGGCAUCAAUAUAUUUAUCUAAAAUGAUAGUUGUGAAUAUCAGAAAUAAGGAACACUGGAUUUAUGUCUGCAUUCUUAUUCACACUUACUUGGGAGUAAUUCCCUAUUGAACUCAAUAGGACAUACUUUCCAGUAAGCAUGCAUAGAAUUGGGUGGGGGUUUUUUCUUUACUGUGCGAAAUAUAAAGCAUUCCUUUAAAAGAGGGAAUUUCUCUUAAAAUGUCAUCUAUCGAUUAUAGCAAAAGACUUGAUCUGCUUUCCAGUACGAAGUGUAUGCCACGAUAUUGAUGGCCAAGACAGACAGAUUAAUGUCGGAGGGUACCCACAGUAAAAGGCAUUUGAACUGUUUGAACAUUUGCUCUCCCGAUUUCUUCUAUAAGAAAUAAUAUUUGAAAGGUGCCAAACCUGUCUUUAUCAUAUUCUUACAUGGUCUUUUUUCUUUCCUGUCCUCAGCUGUAAGCACAAGGUAUACUUGGAGAAGCUUCCAAACACUAGCAUAAUCAUCCCAUUUCAUAAUGAAGGUUGGACUUCACUCUUGCGAACCAUACACAGCAUUAUCAACAGGACUCCAAGUAGCCUAAUAGCAGAAAUCAUUCUCGUGGAUGACUUCAGUGACAGAGGUAAGACAAAUACCUUCACCACUUGCGCAGUAUAGUUCUCUCAUAUAAAUCAGAACAAAAUCACUCUUUUCUAUGGGGAAAAAAAUCAUAUUACUAUGAUUUGCUUGAGAACUAUGUGUUCAAUUAGGUGUCCCUGGUAAGAUUGCUCUGUUCAUUUGUUUUUAUCCAAUGUCUGAUAUAUUUUAUACCAAGGGCAAAAGAAGGUUUAGGAGUCUCCUAUGUCCUUUUCCUAAAAUAGCAUGGCUGAUUUGGUGCAUUGUUUCUGUAGUUUGCCAGAUAACUAAUGCUGAAAACAUCUUUUUUUGCUCAGUGUUAUUCUUCUGAGUAAAAACCCAUUAACUUUGACCUUUUGGGGAAGCUGUUUAUCAGAUUUCCCACUUUGUAUUUUAUUGCAUGAGACAGCUUGAUUUAACUGUAAUGCCACAACAACAUAGCAGUACAUUACAAUGACGGUAUUAUAAUUCAGUAUGUUGGGAGCUGGAAAGCAAAGCUUGCUUCAAGAUAUGGGCUCCCCUAGAUUCACUGGGCACAAUACAGGCAGAGUCAGAUGCACCUCCAUUUGCUUAACUUUGUACUUUACGGCACAAUCCUAUGCAUGUUUACUCAUAAAAAUUCACACUGAAUUUGGUGGGUCUCAGUACUUCCUUUUAAGUAGAGAGCAAGUGUGAUAUGGUGGCUACAGCAUCAGAGUGGGAUUAGGAAGCCCCCAGGUUCAAAUCACUACUUAGCUAUCAAGUUCACAGAAUGACCUUGAGCCACCUAUUGUCUCUCAGCUCAGCCUAUAAGACAGGGUUGUUGGAAGAAUAUAGUUGAAGGAAGUGAACCAUCUAUACUGCCUUGAGCUCCUUGUUGGCAGCCAUGUGGCCACUCCACCCACCCUCGGUGGAAAAAAAUAUCUCUAAACAGCCCCGUGAGGGCAGAGCAUGCUCAGGCAGCAUGGAUUGGUAGCUUUGGGAGCAGAAAGAAAGAGGAAGAGAAUUUAAAACAGGCUGGGGUGAAAUGGAGCAGCAUUCCACACUGUAAUGUUUUGUUGUUUUGCUACAGGGUCAUCUGUAAAUAUAUAAUUACAGUGCUUAGAAUUGCAGGCCAGAAUUGCAGUGUUAGGCAUGCCAACCUAGGAGGAAGUCCCACUGAAGAUAGUGAUACUUACUUCAAAGUAAAUAUGCAUAACAUUCUGCAGUACAUUGCAUUAAUUCACUGGUAUUUUGGCUACAAUAUUAAGUCUACAUACUAGGAAAUAUUUCCUGUUUAACCCAGUUGUUCCUGCUUUCCAGUAGACAUGCUUUGGAAUAAGAUGGGAGGUGAUUCUAUGUACCUAAUUAAUCUGGUAGGAUCCCACUUAAAGCGAGACAAAAUGUGAUUUGUGAAAAGUCUUUAACUGUGUGUGUGUUCUUAAACAGUUUUUGUCUGUGUCAUUAAUUUGUAAGCUGAAUAGACAUACCUUUGUUCUCUUAUCAGAGUAAACAUAAACAUAAAUGAAACUACUCUCUGCUCUGCACAUUAAUCAAAUUAACUGAUGGUACAAGCCAACUGUUACUGUUUCAUGGUUUAACAUUGUGAAAAUCAAAUAGCUUUCCUUUCAUGACAAAUGUGUGUUCAUUGUUGGAUUUGAUCUAAGGUGUUCUGCACUGGAUUUUUAUUGUUCAUAGCUGUACAUGUUUAUUAGAGGAAUUGUGGCACAUGUGAACAACCUUUUUCUGGUACUUGUUUGGAACUUUUGACCCACGCAAAAUGGAUUGUUGUGACAUUUAUAUGACAUUGGUAAGAGCAGUGGAAGACAAAUGGGAUUCUUGAAUCAGAGCUUCUUGGAUGGGAAGCCCUGUUGCUAAGGCAGUUCUCAGACGUCUUAGUGAAUCAACAUUGUGAUGGAGUGUGUCUUGGAAAGAAUUUCAUUUUACAGUUUUGAAGCUAAAACCGAGGUGCGGCAUAUGCAUCUCUCUGUCUUUCAUAUCACUGUCAGCCUCCUUGCAAUGUGAAUUUUGAUGGACUGUCUCGCUUCGCAUUAGGUAGCUUAGCUGCAAUCAUAUAAUACAGAUGAUGCACAUUUGAAAGCAUCUAUUCAGUGACCAAAGGCUUCAGGGAACUAGAUAAAUAUAAGACAGCAUUGUGUAAUUUCAGUGAACUUUUCAAGAGAAUGAGAAAAUUGUGGGUCAUGUGUAAAUAUAUGUGAGGUUCAACAGUAUUUUAAAACUUCCUUGCACACAGAAAACUAUCAUAUUGUGGUGAAGUGUUCAGCCUAGUCUUCUUAACCCAUACGCUAUUUUCCAUGUGCAAGGAAUUUUCUAGUGGGGAAGCAUUUUGAUAUGUGAUGUUCCACCUGCAGGCUGAAGUGGUCCUUUGCAAGGAAACCUUUACCACUUUAUCCUGAAAGUUAGAAAGGGUAAAGUGGUAAAGUUUCCCUUGCCGUUUAUACAAUAAACUGGGCCUGAGAGUAUCAACAUUUCUCCAUUGACACCAAAUUGGCUGUCCUUAACAAUAUGCCAUCUCGAGUGUCCAGGUGAAACGUUUGUGUUGUUGUAAAGCAUUUGUUGGUCCAGCUGCUCUUCUUUUCUCCACACAGUAGCCCCCACUACAAAAGUUGACACAUAUGUCACCUCAUAUUACCAGAGUGACUCCCUUUCUACUUCACCAUACCACAUUAGCAUAAAAGUGACCACUUUCCCCUCUUAGAAUUGUAUGCUUAUGCAUGUUGCUAUGGUAACACAUGGCAAUACACUUUGCAUAUGUGCUUAACAGCUAUGGCUUGUUAAAUGCAGGUGGGAAACCUCUUUCUGGUUCUUCUAUGUUAUACUAAGGAGAUGAGCUUUCUCCCCAUGAUGCUGUGUUGCUUUGGAGUCUUUUGUGCUUUAGGGAAAGGCGCUAGGGGCUUUUAUGGCCAUUCACACCCCUUAAAAUGUUUUCAAAACAUGAUUUGGAGUUAAUCAUUGUCUCGUAAGACCCUUUAUUGCAAAAACUUUUCUGCAAAAGUCUGCUGAGAAGAAAUUGCCAAGAGACAAACAAACUUGUCAGAACUGCAGUUAUUUAGCAAGGUGGUAAAUGUUUAGCACCUUGAAAGGACUGUAAAAAUAGAUGAAGGGAAUGGUUGUGCAUUUCCAACUUUAUAUUCUUAUCUAAUGCUAAUACUGAAGUAAAAUAAAGGGCCUUCAGUGAAAGACAAGAAAAAUAUUUUACUGCAUAGCACACCACUGAGGAUUCUGCCAGACUACCUCUGAAAAGUUGUUUUGUACUUAUUUAUUUUUUACACAUUUUUUUUCCCUGACCCAAAAUCUUUGGAUUGUUCGUGCAUAACUAGCAAUAAAUUCUGGCAUUUAGAUAAUGGGAAACUGGAAGGACAGGAACACUUUUAAAUCUUGGUAGGUCUCAAAUGAGAGGGCUAGUGUUGGAAAGUAGAAAGACGGGAGCUGAAAUGAUAGUCUAUUUGACAAUAUUUCCAUUAAGAAUUAUGUGUCAGUUGACUGUGUGAGAGUUAUGCUACCCCCCAGCCAUACUACAGUGGUGCCUCGCAAGACGAAAUUAAUUUGUUCCGCGAGUUUUGUCGUCUUGCGAUUUUUUUCCUCUUGCGAAGCACGGUGUCGGGAAAGUUUUGGAAAAGCUUCAAAAAUCACCAAAGUCUUUAAAAACCUCAAACAAGGCUACCACACCGCGUUCUAUGAGUUGCUCCUCGAAGUCAAGUUGCAACUGUAUUAACGGUGUUAAGAAAAGGAAACAAACUUGCAAGACGUUUCCGUCUUGCGAAGCAAGCCCAUAGGGAAAAUCGUCUUGCGAAGCAGCUCAAAAAACAAAAAACCCUUUCGUCUAACGAGUUUUUUGUCUUGCGAGGCAUUCGUCUUGCGAGGUACCACUGUACAUUGCAACUCCUUACCCUACAUAUGGGAUGGUAUUGCUGUGCUGAUAUUAAGGUUAGAUUGUAUCUCAUUAUGUUUUUGCAAAGAUUGCCUUUAGUAUCUCUUAGUAUGUUCUUCCAUUUAUGAGCUGUCUAAACUGCGGCAGCCAUUUUUGUUUUGCAUCUAAUUGACAUAAGACAGACCUUCUGACAUAAUUGGUUUAGCUUGCUUUUAGAGGGAUUAAAUCUGUUCUACUGCAGUCACAAGGAUAGUCAGAUACACAGCCUUUGAUGAUAUGCUAAUAAUGACCUUUGCAAGUCAGCCUUUUGUUUUUUUUCUUAAUGUCUGCAUUAGCACUGCCAAUCCUGUCAGCAGUUAACAGUGGAUGCCUAGUGAGUAAUCUUGAAAAUCCCCAUUUGUCAAGCAGCUAUGUCUUUCAAUACUUCUGGUUCUCUGCAGCAGUUUUUCAACUAAGGCAUGUUGUUAAUUGGAUGAAAAAGCAUUCUUAACUGCUGAAUUCUUUUCAAUAGUAUCAAAAGUUCUUUUUUCCCCCACCCUGAGCCGUUGAUUAGCAUGAAAAGGUGUGUUGACCUGAUAUUCCACUCUUUAACCUUUCAGAUCAACACAUACUGUACCUGAUAAAUAGAUGUGCAUGUUGCCCUUCUGCUAGCUGGGGUAUCCAAUGUGGCACCUUCCAGGUAUUUUAGAUUCCAGUUCCCAUCAGCCCAAGCUAACAUUGGUCAGAGAUUAUGGGUGCUGGGGACCACAACAUCUGGAGGGCACCAUGUUGACGAGCCUUAUGCAAGUGGAGCAUGCAGCUUACCAGGACCAGCCCAAAACAUUUUGCUACCUGAGGCAAGUCAACAGUGGAAGGCAAACCUGUCACCCAGCUCUGGGUGGGACGACUCUGGGGGCUGACAUAGCUGAGCUGGAGUAGGGGGUUGGCUGGGUGGGGCCUACACAUCCUGCCACUGCUGCCUUCUCCACCCCAUGGUAGCUUCUGCAAGGAAGCAGCCAGGCUUGGAGCCCUGCCCACGUGGGAGGCAAGAUCUUUGCAGUGCUGAAUCUGCAGCAGAAGUGGCAAAGGUGCAUGAGAACAUUGCUCUCUUUACUUUGUUAUUACUUAGUUGUUAUUUCUGUUUAAGAAUUUCCUGCCUGGCUUGCCUCAGUGCUUUUGUCAUCUGGAGCCAUCAGCUUGUAUGUGAUUUUAUCCUUUACUUAUUGCCUGUGGCAUCUCCAGACUCUCCUUCCCCACUCAUGUGCAAAAGAAGUAUACCCUGUUUUGAUCUGUAAAAUCUCUAUUGAGUCCACAUCCUGUUUCCAUAGUGGCCAGUCAUACGUUUAUGGGAAGCUAUUAGGAUGCACUAGCUUUUACACAUUUCAAAACUUAAGUUUUAUGGAUUUCAUAAGGCAGGGUAAAUCCUCUACCACCACCUGUGGAAGUUUAGCAGAACACCAGUUUUAAUUUGGCACGUCCAAAUUUGUGAAAUAUUCUCAUCAGAACAAUGAAAUGAUUUGGGCAGUGAGGAAGAGCCAAAGAUGCUGGUUAAAAGUCAGAAACAAACUCUCUUCCCUAGCAAUUAGUUGCAUGGCUUAUUUUAUUGCAAAUGAAAUCUCUAUUUUGCUUUCAGACAGCUACUUUGAUCAAUAUACCAUUGAUGUGACACAUGUUUCUAGAUGGUUGGCUUCAGGUCUUGGGCAAGCAUAUUGGCUUCUGAUGUGAUGAAAACUUCUACAAUAAUUCAUUAUGUUGUAGCAGGCCUCUGUUGCAGAAAGUGCUCCACUCCUAUUAUGGGAGAUUCCUUAAUCCCUUCCAUUGUUGCAAAUCUAUCUUCUCUUGCACAUUUUUUUUUUUAAAGUCUGCAAUAUUGUAUUAUACUGCUAGUAUUGCCAGGAGCAACUUCUGGUUCAUUCUUUUUCUUUCUCAGCUGACAAAAGAGGUAUGUCGAAUAGCAUGAUUUAGUUCUGCAACUGCUAUAGUAUGGCAGGGCUGGCAGAACACCUCACCACUGCUCAUUCUCUGCUCUGCCUGGCAUCUGGUUGCAUCUGGCCUGCUGCAACAAAUUUGGCAGAACAUUGGUAGUGCCAGUGCACAUCAUGGUCUAACUGCAUCUCUGUCCCCUGACUGAGUCAGGGGUUUUCCCCAAGAGUUGCAGUCUAUAACACCCUGGGAAAAGUUGACUAGCAGUCAUUCUACACCAGCAACAAGCAAGGGCCCUUUUAGAAGGACCCUUGAUCCUCCUUGCCAUGAGAUGGGUUCUAGAUUGCUACCUGGGUUGUCUCCAUCGUAGUUCUGAUCCUGAUUUGACUGAUACAUCACUUUUGACACAUUAAUGGGUACAGAUUUGGCAAAGUAGUUAGUAGCAGUAGUGGUAAUAAUAAUAAUAAUAAUUAAUAAUAAUAAUGCAUAACAUAUCAUUAGCACUUCUGAGUGUUCAAAGCACUUCCCAUACAUAUUAGAUAUUAAUCAGUUUCAAGAAUUUUGCUUCCCAGGACAGGUGUUAAAUUGCUAUACCUAAGUUACAAAAAUUCUCUCAUCACCAGUUACUGCUACCAGGUAUGAUCACCUUGCCAAUUCUGUAUACUCUUGAGAUCCCCUUGGUAAUGUCACAAACCUCCUUUAUCUCUUCAGUCUUCUGGCCUUUGGGCCCUUAUAGAUGUUUCUGACAACUAAUGAUAGCAUUUCAUGUAUCUGUUAAAGUGGGCCACAGCCCACAAAAGCUUCAGUAGUCUUUAAAUUUGAUAGAUGCCACACAACUCAUUGUUACUGUUGCAAUGGACCACCGUGGCAACAAUGGAUUCUUGUAACUCUUAUAACAACCUUGUAAGGUAUGUAGGUCAGUAAUGGUAUCUCUACAGUGGGGUUAGUGGCCGAGGAUAAAAGAAAGAAGCUUGUCCAAGGCUAUCUGGUGAUUUCAUGACAAAUGAGAUGUUUGAACCAUAGACUUCUAGGUUCAUAGCUCAAUCUCAGUCACUGCACUAGAUGACUAAUAGCACAAUCCUGUGCCUACUUAGAAGUAAGCUUCAUUGACUUCAGUGGGGUUAAUCCUAGGUAAGUGUGUAUAUGCUCACUUAUGUAGGAACAAGUCCUAUUGAACUCACUUCCAAGUAAAUAUAAAUAGGGUUGCCAUAUUUCAAAAAGUGAAAAGUAGUUUUUGAGCUAGGAAAUUCGCCAAAAUCUACACUUCCGACUGUAUAAAUGGACUUAAUAAAUAAUAACUAGUAAAUGGACAAAUAUGUUUGUACUAGAAGUCUUGUAUAGUAGAGUGGUCCUCGGGUUACAGAUGCUUCAGGUUACAGACUCCGCUAACCCAGAAAUAGUACCUCGGGUUAAGAACUUUGCUUCAGGAUGAGAACAGAAAUCGUGUGGUGGCGGCACAGCAGCAGCGGGAGGCCCCAUUAGCUAAAGUGGUACCUCAGGUUAAGAACAGUUUCAGAUUAAGAACGGACCUCCAGAACGAAUUAAGUUCUUAAUCCGAGGUACCACUGUAUCGGAAGCAAUGUUCCUACCUAGAAAAUAGUUUGGUGACAUUUUUAACCCACAACCAUGUAAUUGAGCAAUUGGCCAUUACGUUACUUUAAGAUCUGCUUGAGCGUUAUCUUUUCAUGAUAUGCUGCUAGGUGCAUAGUUGUCUACAGCUGUUCAGAUCAUCUAAUCUAAUUUACUCUGUCAAGGAUUCCAGGAAAGCAUGAGUUGCCAGCAUGGGCUUUGUGUAAGUGUGCAAUUUUAUUUUGAAGCCACAGCUCUGGGAGAGUGGGUAAACCCCCUCACUGUAGGUUUCAUGCACCAGUAAAAAGUUUCCCUAAUUUUACCAAGAAUAACUGCCUGAGAACAACUUUUUGCAAUCUAGAAUGGAUCAUCAGUCAUCCAUCCCACUUGAGAGCUGUGAGCCACUCCAUCAACUUUUUUAAUUUCAAAAGACAGUAACACAAUUAGAUGUGCAUUUAAAACUGUCAAGGUUAAUCAAUUAUCCUCUGUGUUAAGUUUACCAAUAAAAACAAGUUGUCCCUUCUGAAUAAUAUAUACAUGAUUAAAUUUACAAAGGUGAAAAUGCCUGAGGCUGACAUUUUUUAAAUCUUCUACCAAUGCUCCUGUGCAAUCUGCUAGUCACCCAAAGGAGACCUAUUACAGUCUCUCAACUUGCAUACAGUAGUAAAAGAUGAAGCAAAAGUUAAGCUUAUCUGAAUAAGCUUUUUUGUAGAAAAUUGUAAGCAUAAAUUAGUAUGUAAUUCCAAAAUCACUUUGUCCAAUGUACCAAAAUAAAUAAUUAGACUGUGCACAGGAAAAAAUCACUUAUGCCUGUGUAUUUAAAUUAGUUUAAUGUAAGUUAAUGAGACUGAGCUAUCGUAUUCAUCGUUACUGCUACUGAUUUUUAAUAUGCAUGUACUUGGAAGAACAGGACUUACUGGAAUACUGGAAUACUUACUGUUAACAAUUAACUUUGCCAAAACCAAAAUUGUACAUUUUAACCGCUCCUUUAGGAAGGAUAAUUGGAGCGUAAAGGGAAACGCCAUUGAACAGACUAAGACCUUCCAAUACUUAGGCAUUACUUUCUCUUAUAAUGCCAAAUUCUCAACACACUUGACCACAUCAGCUAUAUCAGCAGAAAGAAGUGCAAAUGCUAUCCUUAGAUUAUUCAGAAGGAAAGGAGCUGGCUUCCUCCCGAUGGCCCUAACAGUCUUUCAGGCAAAAUCUUUAGCCCAACUUCUAUAUGGCUCUCAAAUUAGCCCCUCUGCCAACCUUAAGACCCUUGAAACAGUACAAUCUAAAUUCUUAAGAUCAUUAUUUGCUACUCCUAAGUGUACACCUAAUGCAGUUUUAAGGCAAGAGGCAGGACUGCCCAGAGUGGAAUUAAAAGUAUGGGAACAAGCAAUAUCCCUCUGGCUGAAAAUCCAUUACAAUCCUAAGGGUCUAUUACCUUGCUUCCUGGCCGCAGUUCCCUAUCCUCCUUGGCUUAUGCAAAUAACUAACAAGAUCAAACAAAUUGGCCUAAACCCUGAAAAUAUUUUUAUUGGAACUCUGAACAAGGCAAAAGCUACUAUCACUCGGAGACUUUAUGAUAUCGAAUUACAACAAGAAGGCGCCCUACUCCCAGAGACGUAUAGAUGUUUAAAAGCUUGGCCUAAUUUUGCAGCUGCCCUUACUUAA